AUGAUGUCCUCCGCCCCCGAACGUUUCCGCCAUUCUGAAUAUGGUUGUGAAACACGUAAGAAAACUGAAAUUGCAAGGCAAGAGAACCAUGGGUUUGCUGAUUUGGGUUUAUCCCUUGUUGGUGAAGCUUUGAUUCAACCUUUACAAGCUCAAAGAUCUAAUUGUCCAAUUACUUGGAAAACAAAGCAAGUGGCAAAUGAAGUUGAGGUUCGAGGACCUCCAGUUUCAAAAGCUUUUGAUAAUCAAGGAAAUCCGACUAAGUCACCACAAGACUUGGAAAAGUUAUAUUCAGAAGUUCAUCUUCUUAGAUCAUUAAAACACAAUAACAUCAUCAAGUUCUUUGAUUCAUAUCGGAAGAAACAUAAAACGGUUGAUUUGAAAGCGAUCAAGAAGUGGGCAAGACAAAUUCUAAAUGGUUUUCACUACCUUCACAAUCAAAAUCCACCUAUGAUUAACAUGGAUUUGAAAUGUGACAACAUAUUUGUGAAUGGGAACAAUGGAGAAAUCAAGAUUGGUGAUCUUGGAUUGGCAACUAUCAUGCAACAACCAACUGCCAAGAGUGUUAUUGGAACACCUGAAUUCAUGGCACCGGAGCUUUAUGAAGAGGAAUACAAUGAAGUUGUUGACAUAUAUUCUUUUGGGACGUAUUUGUUGGAAAUGGUGACAUUUGUGUAUCCUUAUAGUGAAUGCAAAAAUCCAACUCAAAUCUAUAAGAAAGUAAACUCAGUAAGUUGA